AUGGCGACAGCGUGGAAGUGGGCGCCAGAUUCCAAGUUGUGCUUCGUCACAACCGGCGCAACCGCACCCUUCACAGCCUUGAUCGAAUCCGUCUUGACUCCUUCAUCCCUGGAUGCACUGGUCGAGACUGGUUUCACUCAUCUUCUCGUUCAGUAUGGAUCAGCCAAAGACGUUUACACAAGCGCCUCCAGCACCGCCCGAGCUCGCAUGCAAGACAAGAUGAUCAUUGAUGGCAUCGACUUCAAUCCAGAUGGCCUGCAAGCACAGCUCAAACUGGUGCAGCAAUCCAAGGGCCUCGUCAUAUCGCAUGCCGGAUCCGGGUCGAUCCUGGAGGCUCUGCGCUACCAAGUUGCGCUCAUUGUCGUGCCCAACACCAGUCUUUUGGACAAUCACCAGGAAGAGCUCGCUGAUGCUAUGGAGCGCUCCGGCUACUUGCUGAAAGGGCACGUCGAACGCCUUGUUCCCAGCAUUCAAAAGUCUGAGGAGUUUCGCACCAAGAUGUCGCAGUUUCCUCCCCCCACCAGUGGAAAGCAUCGAGAGACAAAGAGCUUCGCUGCUAUUAUGGACGAAACUGUCGGCUUCAUGGAUUGAGGCGUCAUUUCCGAUUCCUGGUCCCUGCGACUCAACACCCUGCCACUCUCAUCCUUUGUA